ACGAUUUUGUGGUGGUUCGUUAAUUUCCACAAGAUAUGUUUUAACGGCAGCACAUUGUCCUAUAAAGUAUUUAACUUCUAAAUGUCAUUUUUAAUCUUUAUUAAUAAGUUUAUUUUCAGUUCGUUGCGUAUUGAAGCAGUUUUAGGGGCUCAUAAUAUUCGAGACAACGAAGAAUCUUCCCAAGUUAGAAUUUUAGCUGAAAAUUACAUAAUACACGAAGAGUAUGAUAGCGAUUUUAACAAAAAUGAUAUUGCUUUGGUUGUUUUACCAGAAAAUAGCGUUUAUUUAUCAAAUAUAAUUCAAAUCGUAGCGUUACCAAGUUACUCUGAUACACAAAACGAUUUCUUGGAUGAAUCAUCAACCAUAAGCGGUUGGGGUAAAAUAUCAGAUGCAGAGUCAACAUACACAGAUUUAUUGCAUUACGUGGAAGCUCCAAUAAUAACAAAUGAUGAGUGCAAGAUGUGGUACUUCGGUUUAUUUAUUGAAGAAACAAAUAUAUGCGCGAGUGGAUUGAACGGAAAAUCACCGUGCAAUGGUGAUUCAGGUGGUGCAUUAUUAAUAAAUAAUAUACAAGUUGGGAUUGCAUCAUUUGGUGUUGGUUUUGGAUGCGAAGUGGAUUUUCCGGGAGCUUAUACGAGAGUUACAUCUUAUUUAAAAUGGAUUGAAGAAAAUAGUGAUGUUAUAAUCAAUACAAUAUAAAUAAGUUAUUUAAUUAUUGUGAAUAUUUAAAAAAUUUGAUUUUUACUUAUAAUUGUGAUAACAUUUGUAAUUAUUCUUUAUAAAUUGUUGUUAACUAUUGUUUUUAUUUUAUGUUCUUUUACAUUGUUAUGCAACAAUUUAAUGGAUUAAGGCAUCCUUAGGAAUUAGUCAUAAUGUUGGCAAAACCGUAUAGAUGAGAAAAUUUUUGUCAUAAUCAAGCAUUAGAAGUUAAAGCAUUCAGAAAAAAUCUUGA